UAUCUAACCGCACCGUCACGUUAACCUUUCUUUGCGUGCACCCUAUGCUUUAUUGUUCUAUAAAUUCACCCCCAAUUUAUCCCCUUCAUUCAUCAACCAAUUCUCUUAUCUUCUUCAAUUUCUCAGAUCUCUUCAAUCCCUUCAAGAUGCAAAUCUUCGUUAAGACUCUCACUGGUAAGACCAUCACUCUCGAGGUCGAGAGUUCCGACACCAUCGACAACGUCAAGGCUAAGAUCCAAGACAAGGAAGGGAUUCCCCCUGACCAGCAGCGAUUGAUCUUUGCUGGAAAGCAAUUGGAAGACGGCCGUACCUUGGCUGACUACAACAUCCAGAAGGAGUCAACUCUCCACCUUGUCCUCCGUCUCCGUGGUGGCAUGCAGAUCUUUGUCAAAACCCUAACUGGCAAGACGAUUACCCUCGAGGUUGAAAGCUCUGACACCAUCGACAACGUCAAGGCCAAGAUCCAAGACAAGGAAGGAAUCCCCCCAGACCAGCAACGAUUGAUCUUCGCUGGAAAACAACUCGAAGACGGCCGAACUCUAGCUGAUUACAACAUCCAGAAGGAGUCAACUCUCCAUUUGGUCCUCCGUCUUCGUGGUGGUAUGCAAAUCUUCGUCAAAACCCUAACCGGCAAGACGAUUACCCUUGAGGUCGAAAGCUCCGACACCAUCGAUAAUGUCAAGGCCAAGAUCCAAGACAAGGAGGGUAUCCCACCAGACCAACAGAGAUUGAUCUUCGCUGGUAAGCAGUUGGAGGACGGCAGGACUCUUGCCGAUUACAACAUUCAAAAGGAGUCAACUCUUCAUUUGGUUCUCCGUCUUCGUGGUGGUAUGCAAAUCUUUGUGAAGACUUUGACUGGUAAGACCAUCACCCUUGAGGUCGAAAGCUCCGAUACCAUCGAUAACGUCAAAGCAAAGAUUCAAGACAAGGAGGGUAUCCCACCAGACCAGCAGCGUCUGAUCUUCGCCGGUAAGCAAUUGGAAGACGGCCGCACCUUGGCCGAUUACAACAUCCAAAAGGAGUCAACCCUCCACCUUGUCCUCCGUCUUCGUGGUGGUAUGCAAAUCUUUGUUAAGACCUUGACCGGUAAGACCAUCACCUUGGAGGUCGAGAGCUCCGACACUAUCGACAACGUGAAAGCAAAGAUCCAGGACAAGGAGGGUAUCCCACCGGACCAGCAGAGGCUCAUCUUUGCGGGUAAACAGUUGGAAGACGGCAGGACUCUUGCGGAUUACAACAUCCAAAAGGAGUCGACUCUGCAUCUGGUGUUGAGGCUGAGGGGAGGUAUGCAGAUCUUCGUGAAGACGUUGACCGGAAAGACCAUUACUUUGGAAGUGGAGAGCUCGGACACAAUCGAUAAUGUGAAGGCGAAGAUUCAGGACAAGGAGGGGAUUCCACCAGACCAGCAGAGGUUGAUCUUUGCGGGCAAGCAGCUGGAAGAUGGGCGUACGCUUGCUGAUUAUAACAUCCAGAGAGUCCACUCUGCACCUUGUUCUUCGUCUGCGUGGUGGGUUUUAGAUGUUUGUGGUGGUUGUGAUGUUUGAAGUUGGUACUGUUGUUGGUUUUUAAAUGUCUGUGGUUGUGGUUAAUGUUUGAAGUUGGAACAAUUGUUGGAUACAGAUUCUCUAUGGUUUCCUUCUAUGAUUGUUGAAUAAAUGAAUUUUAUGGUUUAAUCU